UAUUCAUUUCGGAGAACUGUCAACAACUGUUUUAUGAAAUAUUGAAAUAUCUAUAUAAAAUGGCAUGACGAAGUUAAUGGUAAAUCUUUUGACGAUUUUUAAUGACCGUUUUAAUUCGAAACUAUGAUAAACAACACGCGCAAUAGUUUUGACAACGCCAUAUAUACAGCAACAACAUUCAACGAGUCAUAUAGAUCAAAGUGUUUUACUUGGAAAAUAAUAUUCACCAUCUUAUUAAUAGUUAUCUUGCUACUUGGAAUCGUUGGGAAUUCAUUAGUAAUAAUGGCUGCACGUAAUUCAAUUCAACUACAGAGAAGAAUUACAACAAUAUUUAUUGUUAGUUUAGCAUUCUCUGAUUUGACGAUUGGCAUCAGUCAAAUACCCUUGAAGAUAUACUUUGAAUUAAAUUCAAAUGUUUGGUAUAAAUCGGUUUGCUAUUAUUAUUUCAUGAGCGACGCUAUUGGUUAUGUGGCAAAUAUUUUAAGCCUUUUUGCAAUUGUCAUUGACAGAUUUAUUCUUUUACAAAUACCAUUUUGGUAUAACAAUCUUUUAUCCUCACUGAAAGCUAAGCUGCUGGUGAUAUCUAUUUGGAUAUUUUCUUUUGGUUGGGGUAUACUAUGCAUAUUCAGCUGGACCCGCUUAACCAUCUCAACCAUAUUUGUUGAAAAUAAAUCUUGUGUUAACGAUAAUUACGUAUUUUAUGCAACUUCGUUUUUUGGAAUAUAUGGACCUGUUUUAUUUAUCAUGACAAUUUCUUAUACAAGCUUUAUGAUACUUAUUCAUCGUCACAUAAAAGCUAUCAAGUUAACGGAAAUAAAAAAUAAUGUCGUCAAGUUAAACCGUGAAAUAAAAGCAACAAAAACUGUAGCUGUGAUCUAUCUAUCUUUUUUAAUAUCUUACUUCCCUUCUUGUGUUAUUAAUGGUAUGAUAUUUGUAGAUCCCAAAUACUUUCCAAAUUUAAAAUCUAAAAAGAAACUUUUAAUACAACUUAUAUUUUAUAUUUUUAUUGAAAUCCUUCCAGUCAUUAGUACAGCAGCAAAUCCACUUAUUUACAGCUUUAUGGACAAAAACUUCCGAAAUGAAUUCAACAGAAUUAUUUACCGAAUGUCGUUAAAAGUAGGAGUAAAAAUAAAACAACCGGAGUUAAAAUUAAGAAGACGUGGAAUAAAAAAAAACAUCAACAGCUAGUAUACGAUAAAGAAUAUAAACUAAAAGAAGUAACAUAUGCUGAUUAGAUAACAGAACAAACGUUGAUCUACCAACUAGCCUAUUUUUAAUUUUAAUAAUAUGUCUCGGUACCAAAUACUUUAUAUAAAAAAAAAAAAAACAAAAAAAAAAAA